CUCAGCAAUACGUUAUACAUAUUUGUUAGGACUUUUGUAAAAGUUUCUAAAACUUCUAAAAAUAUUUCAGAUUACAUAUUUCGAUUAAAACGGAGACGGUUGGGGAAAGGAGCCAUGGCCAAGGACUUUUACAAUAUACUGGGAAUUAGUCGCGGUGCAAACGACGAGGAGAUUCGUAAGGCAUACCGCAAGCAGGCUCUGCGUUACCAUCCGGACAAGAACAAGGAUGCAGAAUCCGAGGAGCGUUUCAAGGAGGUGGCAGAGGCGUAUGAGGUCCUGUCGGACAAGAAAAAGCGCGACAUUUACGACUCGCAGGGUGAGGAGGGUCUUCGGCGAGGCGUACCCUACCAGCGUCGUAAACCCAACGGCGGAAUGGAAUCCAGAGACUUUAGCUAUCAGUUCCAUGGUGAUGCACGCGCCACUUUUGCGCAGUUUUUUGGUUCUAGUGAUCCUUUUUCAAUGUUCUUCGACGACUUGGAGACGGGUGCUGACGGCGCUUUCGGAGCGGCAGGAUUGCAUCGCGGAAGACUUCAGAAGGAUCCGCCCAUUGAACACAAUCUGGAAGUCGCAUUGGAGGACAUCGCCAAUGGGUGUUUAAAGCGCAUAAAGAUUUCUCGGCUCUCGUUGUCUUCUAAUGGUUCACAAAUUCGAGAGGACAAGUUCCUAAAUAUCGAUAUCCGUCCAGGCUGGAAGGCUGGCACCAAGAUCAUCUUCAGCGAAGAAGGCGACCAGCUACCGAACCGUGUUCCGGCCGACAUCGUGUUUGUUAUUCGGGACAAACCUCAUCCGAUCUUCCGCCGAGAUGGCAGCGACUUGCUUUACACGGCUCACAUCUCGUUAAAGGAGGCGCUGUGCGGGACCACCCUGGUAGUGAAAACGCUCAAAGGCAAGUCACUGGAGCUCAGCACCAAAGGCGAGGUUCUCGAGCCAAAUUCCACGCGCCGCUUCCCGGGCUACGGACUCCCUUGGCCCAAGAACAACUCGCGUCGGGGCGAUAUCAUCGUUAGUUUCGACAUCAAAUUCCCAGAUACAAUACCCAAGAAGCUAACAUCCUUGCUCGCCAAUCUCCUGCCCAUCUGAUCGAUAUACGGAGCUAUCACCAAUCUUACCCACAUCGUUAACCAUUUAAAUUGUGUUACGUAACUUAAGGAUUAUCAUUAUCAUUUAGUUAUGAUAUAGAUCUCCAAUAAAAUCUUUUCGACGUA